AUGAUCCUAUCAGCAAAACUUAAAGAAAAUAAAAAGAAUUGGUUUGGACCAAGUCCUUAUGUAGAAGUCACAGUAGAUGGACAGUCAAAGAAGACAGAAAAAUGCAACAAUACGAACAGUCCCAAAUGGAAGCAACCCCUUACAGUGAUUGUUACCCCUGUGAGUAAAUUACAUUUUCGAGUGUGGAGUCACCAGACACUGAAAUCUGAUGUUUUGUUGGGAACUGCUGCAUUAGAUAUUUAUGAAACUUUAAAGUCAAACAAUAUGAAACUUGAAGAAGUAGUUGUGACUUUGCAGCUUGUAGGUGACAAAGAGCCCACAGAAACAAUGGGAGACUUGUCAAUUUGCCUUGAUGGGCUACAGUUAGAGUCUGAAGUUGUUACUAAUGGUGAAACUACAUGUUCAGAAAGUGCUUCUCAGAAUGAAGAUGGCUCCAGACCCAAGGAUGAAACAAGAGUGAACCCAAAUGGGUCAGAUGAUCCUGAGGAUGCAGGAGCUGGUGAAAAUAGGAGGAUUAAUGGGAAUAAUUCUCCAUCACUCUCAAAUGGUGGUUUUAAACCUUCCAGGCCUCCAAGACCUUCACGACCACCUCCACCUACCCCACGUAGACCAGCAUCUGUUAAUGGUUCACCAUCAGCCACUUCUGAAAGUGAUGGAUCUAGUACAGGGCCUUUACCACCAACAAAUACAAAUACAUCUGAAGGAGCAACGUCUGGAUUAAUAAUUCCUCUUACGAUAUCUGGAGGCUCAGGCCCUAGGCCAUUAAAUCCUGUAACUCAAGCUCCCCUACCACCUGGUUGGGAGCAGAGAGUGGACCAGCAUGGACGAGUUUACUAUGUAGAUCAUGUUGAAAAAAGAACAACGUGGGAUAGACCAGAACCUCUACCUCCUGGGUAAGUGUCUAAAUUAAAACAACAGAUUUGUUUAUUCAAAAUUGUGGGUUAUAUCUGUAUGCAGUCUUCCCUAUAUUUCUGCUUUUCCUCUUCCUGUCCUUUAUCUA